GGAAGUGGGCGGGCCGGACCUCCGGCCGUCUGCGGGGAUCCGGCUUCGGGUUUCCUGGUGGGCGCCAGGGGCCGGCGGGAGAGUGGCGGGCGCUGCGGCCCGGGGGCGAGGCCAUGGAGAAGCUGCGGCGGGUCCUGAGCGGCCAGGACGACGAGGAGCAGGGCCUGACCGCGCAGGUCCUGGAUGCCUCAUCCCUUAGUUUCAACACCAGAUUGAAAUGGUUUGCCAUCUGCUUCGUAUGUGGCAUUUUGUUUUCUAUUCUUGGAACUGGAUUGCUGUGGCUUCCGGGCGGCAUAAAGCUUUUUGCAGUGUUUUACACCUUCGGCAAUCUCGCUGCAUUAGCCAGUACGUGCUUUCUAAUGGGACCUGUGAAGCAACUGAAGAAAAUGUUUGAAACAACGAGAUUGCUUGCAACAGUUAUUAUGCUCUUGUGUUUCAUAUUUACCCUGUGUGCUGCUCUUUGGUGGCAUAAGAAGGGACUGGCCGUAUUAUUCUGCAUAUUGCAGUUCUUGUCAAUGACCUGGUAUAGCCUGUCGUACAUCCCAUACGCAAGGGAUGCAGUUAUUAAAUGCUGUUCUUCUGUCCUAAGUUGAAACUCGUGGAAAAGGACACUUGGAUGUUGAUACUCUGUGUUUGGUGAAGUAUGCUUUUCCCCAGGAAGUACUCACCCAGAAACAACUGAAGUGACCGUUUAAGACAGUUUUGUACUAAGUCUCAUUUUGUAUACUGGUAAAAACUACAUGCUUGAUUAAACCGUUAAAUGCUCAUGACUUGAAAUUCAUUAUGUGUCAUUAAUAUGCUUUUCCAAAGAUAAGGAGAUUAUCAUUGCCAAUUGUAAAUUAUUUUUAGCCAGUUUUUAAAUCAGUUUUUAAAGCAGCUUUGAAAUGUGACUGUUUCAGGGUAGACCUGUGCUACAAGAUACAUUCAGCUUUUUUGGCUUUUAAAAAAUGUCUACAUUUUUAAUACUUUUUUUUUUUUAACUUUAAAUGUGAAACUCCUUAUUUUAAGCUAAAAAUUGCUUAUUAUGUAAUAAAAAUAAUAUAUAAGUCAUUGCAAUUUUGAAAUAAACCCUCCUUGGAAAAA